AUGCGCAAGCAAUUAUUUUUCACCCUUGCACGUCCUUGUGUGGCGGUUGGGCGUCGCUUCAUAUCUGGUGACAACAAAUCCAUCGAUAGCAGCGCCUUCAUCAGCGAUGAUGACGCGCUUCGGGGGGAGCUUGCUUCAGCGCUUGAUACGGAGGGGCACGCACUACCCUUCGACGUACACCUGCAGCAGCCCCAUUCGUCGGGUGACGGGACGGCAGGUGACACGAGCACCAUUCAACUGGAGAAAUUAUCGCAUCCACCAGCACGCUUUGAUCUCCUCACCAAUUCAUUUGUGUACAAGUGGCAGACGAAGGCAGCACUCGCUCGUAAGGUGUCAGGACCGAUGAGGGAAUGGGCUGCCGAGCUGAAGUAUCGCACUGGGGUACAUAUUGAAUUGGAACCCACAUACCCAGAGAGGCUUUCUGAGAAUGCUGUAAAAGGCAGUGGAAGCGACGAAGGAGAUGGCACGCAGUGGGGGGCAUACGAGACGGCGGAUGAUGUGGAUAUUACGGUUUACCUUUUUGGCUCGGAGCGUGGCAUUUUCAACUGUCACAAGCUCAUGGAGGCGGCUAUACAGCAAGACCCUGUAUACGUACGGCUGGGCAUCUUUAGGCGGCUGGCGAACUCAAGUGAGGUCGAGUGGCUAAUGUUACGCAGGAUAAACCGUGAACUACGGCCUCCCGACAUUCCUCCUAUUUCCCUAAAACUCCCAGGAAAGUGGACGUUGCUCUACGAGCGCUACAAAGAGGCGGCUAUACGUACACUGUGGGAAGAAACGGGCAUUACCGUAGAUGCUUCAAAUGUAUACCCCACCGGCCAUCUGUAUCAGACUGUUCCACAAUACUACUGGCGCGUUCCUGUACGCUAUUUUGUAGCGGAAGUCCCCUCGGACAUUCGCGUCGAGGGGCCACAGGUGGUCCCGUUGCAGUACAUGAGAAACUGGGAUGCACGGCUCCUUCGGCAGUCGCCGGACCCUAUUGAUCGUGCAUGGGCGCAGUUAGCGGAUCCUGCUACUGGAUGUGCAUGGAUGAAGGCUUCCAUGAUUGACCAACUGCAGAAACCGCUGCGCGGAGACAACUAUAUGGCGAUACGGUACACGCCUCCACCCUAUUCUAAUUUGCAAGAAGUGGUGGGUCUUGGCGAUGGGAGUAUUACUCCUUCGACAGGUAACGGGGAAGAUGCAUCGUGA